GAAAUGCUAAGGUAUAAUGAAUUCAACCUUGGGUGAAAUUUCAAUAACCGGAUGCAGGACAGAGCAUAAGAACCAAAUGAAGGCAAAAAUGGCACAGCUUGAGCAGCUAAAAACUACUGUGUAAGUAACUUUAAAAGACAACUUGUAGACACUUUUUUCACAAACAUGUCCUCGAACAUUACACUGAACGACAGUCGGAACCUGCAGAGGAGAGAGAAGAUGGCAAAGGAGGAUCUGGAGAGAUGCAGAGAGUCUGCAGAGACCCAGCGACUAGAGCUGGAAACCAGACUGACAGAGGUGGACAAGACACUGGCUGACGAGAGACACAAUAGCAGCUCUCUCACUCAAGAAAACAGGUGUUUAAAAAUCAAGCUCGGAGAUCUUCAGAGCAAAGUGGUAGAACUCACUAAAGCUCAGAAGGAGUACGAAGAGUGUGUUCGUAAGGCAGAAGAAACCAAAAAGUCUGAGAUGCAGAUGUUGUUUGAGGAAAUGACUCAACACAUACAGCAGCAGAGUGACUCUCACAAGUACCUCGAGAAACUGAGGAUUGAGAACGAGCGAACGGCUCUUCAGGAAAAAGACAGAAAAUUGAGGGACCUGAAGGGA